AGCGCUUUAUCAUAUCAUAGUUGCCUUUGUGAGAAUUUUCAAGCUGCAGAGAUGAUCGAUGUUCAACUCUCAUCAGAAGCUGACAACCAAAGCCACGGAAAAGAGACAAAAUGUAACCAUUUAGCUGACACUUAAGAGAAGAAUUGAGCUGUGGCUAUCGACAGUAUGUUCUGGAAGGGUCAUGUGAUGUCCGGAGACCAGUUAUGGUUGCACUUUAAAAAAAAAUACUCUGACGCACGUCUCAGGAGUUCGACCGCCGCCGUACAAAUAAACGUGCUCAAUUGUAAAACAGCGUUUCGGUCGAAGACAGGUAUAAAACAAAAGAAUGUUACGGAGGGAUACAUUUUAAAACAAAGUUUUCUCGGUUUUAAAGGCGCGAGGGGGAAGAAGGGAGCACGUGAGGGGUCUUGUCCAAUGGGAUUGGGCGCUUUCAGCAGGAGGGUAUAAAUACCAGGCGGUUGCCGUGAGAGACGUCGGCCAUUGAUGACUAACCUUUCACAGAAACGAGUUAUUUCAAACGUAUACAUGUUUAUGGUGUUAAUUUGGUCUGCUGGCUAAGAAGGCUAAGCUAAAAUCUUUGAAGCGUUUUCAGAGAGGUUUUUUCGGGCCCAAAGCAUCAACAAGAUCCUUCGGUUGGUGAAGUUUUCCAGCUGAGCUCCUUCUGCCCUGCAGCGUCUGUCUCAGUUCGACCGUUUAAACUUUCUUUGUUGUGCCCGAGACGGAAAGUGGCACAGACAGUGGAUCUGUAAUGCUCGCUGAGCUGCCUAGGUGUAGCAGCGAAAACCCUUUUCUUACCGUCAGCAGCACUUCCAGGAUCAGCUCAGGCCAUGUCUGAUGUGAAACCCCCACAGCAUUACACCAUGAAUGGGAAUCCCCCUCCCCCUGAGUUCAAGAACCCCAAAAAGCCUGGCCGCCUCACCAAUCAUUUGCAAUAUAUAGAAAAAGUGGUGAUUAAGGCCCUGUGGAAACAUCACUUCUCCUGGCCAUUCAGACAGCCAGUGGAUGCAGUCAGACUCCAUUUGCCAGAUUAUUAUACAAUCAUCAAAAACCCAAUGGACUUGAGCACCAUUAGAAAGCGUCUUGAGAACAAUUACUACUGGAAAGCGAUGGAGUGUGUUGAAGACUUUAACACCAUGUUUACAAAUUGUUAUGUCUACAAUCGGCCUGGGGAUGACAUUGUUCUGAUGGCUCAAGUCCUUGAGAAACUUUUUUUGGAGAAGGUGGCAGAGAUGCCUGAGGAUGAGUAUGAGAUGUCUGCUCUGACAACUAAGGGUCCAGUUAAAGGCGCAAGGAAGUCUACAAUAGGGUUAAAGAAGAGGCCACCGUCUCCAAUGUCUGAGGUUGUUUUCCAGCAAACCGUGACCGUCAUUCCUCCACAUGCUCUUCACACAAUUCCUUCUGCUCCCCUGUCUGCACAGCUCACAGCAAAAUUGAAAAAUGGCGUGAAAAGAAAAGCCGAUACUACGACCCCUUCUGCUUCUUCCAUCCCCAGCUGUGAGUCAUCACCUUGUGUAACAGAACCAAAAGUCCUUAAGUUAUUCUCUAGACGAGGCAGUGGCCGACCUAUCAAACCUCCAUGCAAAGACCUUCCUGAAUCCCCACCUCAGCAUCAGGUGGGCCGAAGGACCAAACUCCCAGAGAGACUCAAAUACUGCAAUGCCAUCCUAAAAGAGAUGUUUUCCAAAAAGCAUUCAGCUUAUGCCUGGCCCUUUUAUAAACCUGUGGAUGCUGAGACACUUGGCCUUCUUGAUUAUCAUGAAAUCAUUCACCAACCAAUGGAUAUGAGCACCAUCAAAAAAAAGAUGGAAGCUCGCGAAUACAUGGAUGCAUUGCAGUUUGCUGCAGAUAUGCGGCUCAUGUUCUCAAACUGCUACAAAUACAAUCCACCCGGCCAUGAGGUAGUAAGCAUGGCAAGGAAACUUCAGGAUGUUUUUGAGUUUCGCUUCUCCAAGAUUCCUGAUGAGCCGAAGAAUGCAAAUCCAACCUCUAGUCAAAACAGAGUAAAGAAGGAGAGAGCACGCAGUCCGUCCAGCUCUGAAAGCAGCGACAGUGAAUCAUCAUCUCCUGAAAACUCCUCUGACAAUGAAGAGGAGGAUGAAGAGGAGAGAGCGCACAGGCUUGCCAGUCUAGAGGAACAGCUGAAAGCAGUACGAGAGCAGUUGCAGUUACUGACCCAGACACCUCUAUUGAAACCAAAGAAAAGAGAAAGAUCCAAGAAGAAGAAAAAGAAAGAGAGGGAGUCCAGUAAACGAAAAGGUGAAGAAAUGAAGAAACCAGCAAAAAUACUUAAGCGCUCAAGCAGCAGCAAGUCAUCAGGGCGAAAAGAUAGCAGAACAUGUGACUCCGAGGAAGAGAUGAACACUUUGCCCAUGUCUUAUGAAGAGAAACGCCAACUAAGUCUAGACAUUAACAAGCUUCCUGGAGACAAACUUGGAAAAGUAGUGAACAUCAUCAAGGCACGAGAACCGCUGCUAAGGGACACAGACCCUGAAGAGAUCGAAAUCGACUUUGAGACUCUCAAACCCUCAACUCUUCGAGCUCUUGAGUGCUACGUUGUCGGUUGUCUCCGGAAGAAACCAAAAGAAAGCAACAAAAACAAGCCCCCAAAGAAGUCUAAAAUCAAGGAAAAGGAUAAAGACCUACAACACGUAACUGGAGAUCAAAACUCCAAUAAAAAAAACAAAAUUGAAACGGAUGGGGAGAUUAAAGACACGGCCCAUCCAUCUCGUCUGAGUGACAGCAGCAGCAGCUCGUCCAGCUCUGACAGCAGUAGUAGUGAAUCUAGCUCCUCUGAUAGCUGUGACUCUGAUUCAGAACAGAAAACUAAGAGGAAGCAAAGCAAAGGCCCUGGUCAUGCCAACAAAAUUAAAAACAAGGCAUUGCGGCAGGCCAAUACUGAGGUAAAGGACUCUUCUUCUGCCUCAGGCGUGACGUGCCAGUCUCGCUCAUCCUUACUAGUCUCAGAGGCAGGCUCCAAAGACCUGUUUGCAUCACAUCACGCAAAGCAUCCUGCCGAGGACAUCACAGCAAUACCAGCGUUACACAGUCGGCUGCCUCCUCAGCCAUCCAGACCCAGCGGCAAAGCUGCCGCGCUACCUCGUAAAAUCUGGACCACCCCCUCGCCACUCAGCCUACCUCCAGACCAAGCCCUCAGCCCUUUAUAUAACACUUCCGCCACCUUUCCCUGUAAAGACCAUACAGUCACCUCAGCUAAAAGUUCCCCUGAGUCAGUCACCCCAGAUCCACCAGACUCACUCCCUAAAGACCCGUCGUUCCCAUGUAGUCUCUUGCUCCACCCUCCUGACCUGCAGGUAUCUCAGGUUGGCCCCCCAUCAUCUGUUGCUGCAGAGAAACCUCCACAAAAGUCUGAUAAGGAAGGCAUCCCACCACUUCUAUCACCUUUGACCUCACCUUCUGCAGCCAUGCCUGCCACAGGAUCCCAGUCUAUCUCCAGUUCCCAGUUUGAGCAAUGCAGGUUGUUAUCACCCCUGCAUGAGAGUCCAUUAGCCAGUAUGAGGAAUGAGCAGGACUGCUCAGAGACCCCAGAAGAGUCCUCUGUUCAUCUGCUCAAAAUACAUGAAGCUAAACAUGAAGAAAGCGAGCUAUGCAAGUCUAUUCAAGAUGCCAAAUCCAACCUGCCUAAAAAGGAUAUUGUCUUAAAGCAUGCGGACUCCUGGACGAGCCUUGGUAAGCUGGCUACUCAAACUCCUUGCACCAUCAAAUCAUCCAAGGAAAGUUUUCAGCAGUUCCGCAAAGUUGCCAUGGAGAAAGAGGAGAGAGAGAGAGCUCGAAAGCUGCAGUUGGAGGCUGGUCGAGAGAAGAGCAGCACAGACAAAAGCUGUUUGACGCAGCAGCCCCAGAAGACUAAGCUGGAGUGCCAGACUUCAAAGCCAGAAGUGGAGUCAGCAGAGCUGCCUCUGAUGGCGGCCAUCUUGGACACCGCCAAAGCCCCUGAGCCCAGUUCUGUCCUGCAGAACUCGGUUGACCGAGAACGAGAGAUGGCACGCAAGAGAGAACAAGAACGCCGCAGGAGAGAGGCUAUGUCAGGAGUCAUUGACAUGACCAUGCAAAGGGACAUAAUGGCGACCUUUGAGAAGAACUUGGACUGAGUUAUGAACAAAUUUAGAAAAGAAAAUGCUUGUUUGUAUUGUGCUGCUGUUCAGUGAACAGUGUACGCUCUCUUUUCUCUUCCAUUACUUGCUCCACGAGUCCUGGUGACUGAAACGGGUGAAAAUACUGCAAUACAGCUGCAUCACUUUACAUUUAUACUAAAAUAGCGCUUGUAAAGAAAAUCUGAAAACAGUAGUGGACUGUGUACGAUGUUGUAAGACCAAUAUCUGCAUCAUUAACAGUGUUUGAGUGUGUAUUCUUGAGUUUGUGUUAUUUUGAAAAAAAUGCCUGCACUGAAAUGCUGCCCAUUGUGAGAAACGGAGGCAGCUGAGAAUGAGAAACACGUCUGAUGUUUCAUAACCCUUUUUUUGUGUUCCUUAACUUUUGUUAUUCUGCAUUUGUUUUAUACCGAAGAAUGUUUACUUCUCUUGAUUAUUGUUAUUGCAAUCACAAUCUUUGACACAUUCCAUCGACUCUGCUGUAUUAAUAUUGCGUAGCUGGUCGUCUUGCACUAGCUGUUGUCAUGACUGUAAGGGAUAUUCCUGUGCAGGGCCUUGUGCCUGUUAAUCCUAUUAGCUCAUAUGUGUUUGACUUGAUGCAGCAAUUUAAACCGGAAAUAUGCUGGCUGCAUUAAGCUUGUCCUGUUUGAUUUUCUAUUAUAUAUAUAUAUAUAUAUAUAUAUAUAUAUGGCAAAACAUAUUUCUCUAGUGUCAGAAAUGUAACAUAUGCAUGUGUAUGAAUAUUUAGCAUUUUGUUGCUGGGGACAACCAUUUUUCCCCUCUUAAGUGUCCGCCUUUGAAGAAUCAGACUUAUUUAGAAGAGUUAUUGCACUUCCUGUAUAUUUGUAUCCACAUGGAAGUGCAGUGCCAUACAGUUUCUCUCUCCGAGAUGACUAGGCAGUUCUCUGUGCCUGAAGUCUGUGUUUUUCCAGAGCCGUGUUGAUUCCGAGGUGUGAUCUGGUGAUUUGUACUGCACUGAAGACAUGUUCAGAAUCAUUUCUCUGACUUUAAUGGUUGUGACAGUUUUCAUCACAAGCACUUUAUUCAUUAAACCACCAUGCUGAGGUGUCACAUGCUAUUGAGGGAAAGACUAAUAUAUUAUUUCAAAGAAAUCACAUUCUAAAAGUUAAAUCAAUUAAAAAAAGGUAUUUUCAUUAAA